ACGGACCGGUCGGUCGGCGAGCCCGGUGGCGGGUCGGGAGCCGCGCGACGCGGGCACAGCGGGCGGGAAUCGAGAGCGAGGCGGAUGGAGCGCGGCGCGGUACAGCGGCUGGCGGUACGGCUGGGGAUCGGCGAGCCGCGCGUCGUCAGGAAAGCCGAGGAGUACCUGCGGCUGUCCCAGGUGAAGUGCGCGGGGCUGAUGGCGCACGUGACCGCGAGCGGCCUGGCCGUGAUGUGCCUGGAGCUGGCGGCCCGCUGCACCAAGCACCCCGCCGGCAAGAGCUCCUUUGUUAAACUCUCCGGUUUGAACAAGACCGCGUACCAGAGCUCCGUGAAGGCCUUGGAGUGUUUGCUGGGGGUGAACGCCCGGCUGGGGAUGCGCGAGCUGGCGGUGCAGUUGUGCUGCACGGAGGCACUGAGCGCGGCCUCGGAAAUCCUGCAGAGGUAUGAAUCCAGCCUCCCUGAAGCACAGCAAAUGGAACUUGAUUUCUCAAAACCACUAUUUAUAGCAGCUGCACUAUUCACUGCGUGCAGGUGUUUGAAGCUGAAAGUGGACAAAUCUAGGAUGUUGGCUGUAUCUGGAGUGAAAAAAGCAAUAUUUGAUCGCCUGUGCAGUCAGAUGGAGAAGAUAAGCCGGCAAUUCAACAAAGAUGAUACUCCAUUAGCUGCAGAGACAUCUGAAACCCAGCAGACUGACCUGGAGCAAUAUGAGAAAGAAAGUUCUGAAGAUUAUGAUGAUGAGAUUCCAUGUAAACAGCCAAAGACUGAAACAAAGCAAGACUAUGAAGAAUGGAAAAGGAGAAUCCUGGAAAAUGCUGCUAAGGCACAAGAGACAAAUAGUGGUACUGUUUCUAUAGUGCCACCUUGUAAUAUCACUACUGCUUGCUCAUAACGUUAACAGUCCUUUUGUUCUUAACAAUUCCUGUAGCAUAUAAGUGAUGACUGGCUGGUAUUCAGCUAAUUUUAUUUUUUUAGCUAGUUUUUAAAAGUUAUUUUUAAUAAAUGACAAUUGAGGUGAUUUUUGGAAGAAGCAUGUUUAAUUAUUUGCCAGGCUGGUACUUGAGCAGAUGUAGCAUUAGGUGGUAGGACUGCUUCAUUUUUCCUGGUACAAGCAGCAGGUGACACUCUAGUAUGAUGUUCAAUGUGAAUGAAUUAUGUCACGUGUCCUUGUGCCUCUAGCUGGCAGUAGACAAUGAAAAAGAGUGGGAGGAGACCAACUGUGCCUUGUUAAACAGCAAAAACAACAGAUGAAUUAAAGACUGAGUAAUUUUUAAAACUGUCAAACACUUAUUCACUGAACUGACAAUAGUUUUUAUGCCUGUGUAGGACUGAAGUCUCUUGUGUAUGUAAUGGGGCCCAGCUGUUCCAAGAAACAAUAAAGAUAUCGGAAGGAAAAGCUUUGCGUUAAGACGUGCAUUUUUAUGCACAUACUUGUUGUAUGUAAAACUUCUGGGGGGCAAAAUAAGACAGGAGGACCCAUCUGUGGAAGGUAUCCAGGGAACAAGGAUUUCGAACCUAGUGAAGCUGGGACACAGACCUUUUUGUUGUAUCUCAGGAGCAUAAGCUUCAACUGAAGAGUGCCCUGACCCCAUAGGUCUUAGAGGCAACUUGUGUCAUCCUAUACUUUCAUCCCACCUAUUCAAAGUAGGACUUAAAGUAACUAUUUUUGAAAGAAAAAUCAUAACCUUUAGCAGUCCAUGACUAGCGUUACUAUAAUAAAGUCAAGCCAAUUCUGCUGCCCA